AUGAACGGUGCUCAGCCGAAAACAGGUGCCAGUCCGUCAGUUGACACCUCGUCACACGCGGCGAGCAGGCCCAUUGAUAUUCCAAACCUCUCCAAGAGUCAACGCACGAGUUCCUACUCGAGCGACUCUUCCAGCGCAUUCGCAACGUCCCCGCCGCUCUCAUCGUCCUUUUCAUCCUCCCUCCGCAAGACGUCAACCUUUGUCAAGCCCGCCCCCAGGGUCAACGUGCAUACAACUUGCGGCCGCCACACGGACCAGUACUUCUUCGGUGGACCGUCCCUAAGGGACCUCGCCCGAUCCAUGAUUGGCAAGAAGACUUAA